AGGGUGUGACCUGAACUCCAUACCGAGCUAGUCCAGUCUGAAACACAAAACGCAGUUUCUCCCUCCCCGCCGUGGUGGUGGCCAGUUCAGUUUCAUCAGAGUUUUUUAGCAAGCGGCGUGUCAAACCUGGAAUUUUCGGAAACUUCUCUAAACACCUUCAGUUGGCUAACACGUUUUGGGAUGUUGAGGUUAAAGGCGAGGAGGAGAGAACCCGGAUACUUUUUCCACUUUCUAAUUUGACAUUUGGAGAAGUUUCAUUGAAACACGUUGCGGGUAUCCAGCAUACAACCGACGAGUAACGGGAUUGGUUCACGGACUUGCAGCCUACUUAGAACUGUUGGGACAUUGAAGGACAGAAAAAGUCAGGAUGGGGGAUGUAAUUUCUUCGCACCUGGAUGAAGGCAGGCGUGAGAAGAUAACAGGGCAUACACGUGUGGUGCUGGAGGAAUUUGGGCGUGUGUACGAGAAGCAGUACGGGGUGGCUCUCUUCAACGACGUGCGCGUCGAGAUCGAGGGUGGAGGAGGAACACAGUCCCAGCUGCUGCACCGCAAGGAUCCGCUGAAGGACAAGUGCAUCUUCUCUGGGAGUCUCUACAAGUACCUGGAAGAGAAUAAGAAAUGGCGUCAUCGUUUCCUCUACGUGGACGACACCUACAACAUCGCUCUCUUUGAAAACAAACAGGGCCAUGAAAGAGGCCUGCAUCCCAAGGAGACCAUCAACUGCGCUGGAUACAGAGCCCUGCACUCUAUGGAGGAGUACCUGGAGCUACUCAACACCAGCCUGCCUGGCGUGAAAGCUAAAGCAAGCAGCUCACCAUUCCUCAAGUGUCCAUCUGAGUACCCACUGAUCCUGUGGCACCCCUAUGCGCGUCAUCACUACUUCUGCGUCAUGACUGAGAAGGAACACACCAAGUGGCACGCUGUCCUCCAGGAUUGUGUCAGACAUGCAAACAACGGUCUCUCCGAGGAGUCCACAGUGCAGACCCCAGCCUUCACAGAUGCACUGAGGCUCUACAGACAGUCCAAAGGCCACUACGGCACCUGGGACAUGAUGUGUGGUGAGCCCGCUCAGAUCCUGGCUAACCUGGUUAUGGAGACCCUGCUCCCUGAGCUGAGGACUGCGAUUGGCCCCCGGCUGAAGGGCAAACUGCAGCAGAGACAGAGGAACUGGAUUCUGGUCUCAGAUGCAGUGUACAGGCAGGUGCUGUCCCAGACGCGGGCGAGGCAUGAGGCGCUGGUGCAGGUGUGUGAGUCCCAGCGCCCUCGUCUGGAUGCUGCGCUCCGCACAGACAUGGACCAGAUCAUCACCUCCAAAGAGCACGUCACCGGCAAGAUACGCUCGCUGGUGUGGCCCCGAGCGGAGCAGCUCCUGCGGGGCAGCGUGCAGCCGUACAUCAGCUCCAUCCUGGAGGCCCUCAUGGAGCCCACCAGCCGCGGCUUCGCCGAGGUGCGCGACAUCUUCUUCCGGGAGGUGGUGGAGGUCAGCAAGAACACGCUUAACCAGGGAGGCAAGGACAAGCUGGGCGAGCACAUGGAGAAGCUGUCCAUGCUGGCCUUCCACCCGGUCAAGAUGCGCAGCUGCUAUGAGAAGGUGGAGCAGCUGAGUCUGGACGGCCUGCAGCAGCGCUUCGACUUCUCCAGCCCCUCCGUCUUCAUCCACAGGGCCCAGAUCCUCAUGAGGGAGGAGAUGGAUAAUGCCGUGUACACCUUUGAGCAGAUGUUCCAUCAGACUCUGGGGUCUCAGGAAGGCGACAACCUGUGUAAGGCCAUUCAAGGCUGCCAGGACAGAGUGUUAAAGAAAUACGACUAUGACAGUAGCAGUGUGCGCAAGAAGUUCUUCAGGGAGGCACUCCUGCAGAUCAUCAUUCCAUUCAUGCUCAAGCAGCUCGCUCCAUCCUUUGCCAAUGAUCUGCCGAGGUUUCAGGAGCUCAUCUUUGCGGACUUCUCUCACUUCAUCCUGGUGGAGAACGUGUUUGAGGAGGUGGUGCUGCAAUCUGUCACCAAGGACAUCAUGAUGGCCGUGAAGGAGGCAGCCGUCCAGAGAAGACACAACCUGUACAGAGACAGCAUCAUCAUGAGCAACAGUGACCCCAACCUGCACCUGCUGGGGGAGAACCCGGUGGACUGGAGCCAGGAGUACGGCGGCGGCGACGGCGAGCAGGACGGCUCCUUCCUGAUGCUCAGGGACGCCGGGCCAGGGGGCAGUGGCAGGAAGCGCCGGCAGGUGGUCUCCAUGAUCCAACUGGAUGGCAUGCCGCUGGCCUACGAGUCCUGCAUGGAGGUGCCCGGCGUGGAGGGCAUCCCGGAGGAGAGCGAGGCCAUGAUGGAGGACGCGGAGUCGGAGUCCCUCGACAUACCCUCGUCCUCCACCACCACCACUGCCCUUAUAGAGGCCACUAUGCCAUUCUGUGAGCCAGAGCCAAAGUCCCCUGACAGUAUCCAGGAGAUCCGAGCUCUCAUCAACCCAGGGGUGGAGAUGGUGGUUCCGGUUGAGAACACUGAAGAACCAGAUGGACCCGUCCUGACUAAUGGAGUUGAGUCUUUGGAGGAGAGAGAGGAGGAGAAAGAAGAGGAGGAGGAGAAGGAGGAGGAGAAGAAGGAGGAGGAGGCUGAAGACGCGGUCGCCUCAUGUCAGGAAAUGGAAGAAGAACAGGAAGUACAGACCCCAGCAGCCAGCUCGCAGGAGAGUGAGGCGGCCGUGGAGUCACAGGUGAUGCAGGAGGACCAAGAUGCCGAGCUGCCGGCAGAGAUCGACGCCGCUGCCGUUGCCCUCGACUCUGACUCGAAUUCCAGCCCGCGUCACCACGACGACAGUGGCUUCCAGUCGCCAACGAACGAGGCAGUUGAGGAAGAGGAAGAGCAGCGUGAGAAAGAGAAGAGCCGGUCAGUGGGCGAGGUGGUUAAAGCGAGCGUGGUCGACCCCGAGGAGGUCAUCCUGGAGGUCGGGCAGCCACAGGUGCCAGAGGCCUCCCCCAGUGAAGCACUGCAAAACGGGGAGCACACAACAGACAUUCUCCUGUGAUGUCCCAGAAGCACAAAGGAUGGAUGUGGACAUGUUAUUUUUGAAAUUUGUUUCAGUACCUUUUUUUGUUUUAAACUGACAAAGUUGACCUGGGAAUUGCCCACAUUUCUCAGCAGCAAAAUAUUUUAUGUUUCCUUCUUCCUUUUAUUUCCAUCUGUUUACUUUUCAAUUUCCUUUUCUGUUUUAACCUGCAGCGAUAGAUGUUUUGGUUUUCUGAUGUUUCCUUGCUUAAAAUGUAAUUUUAUAUUUUAAUUUUCCAGCUUAUUUGAAAUAUAUAAGCAUAUUUAUUAUUCUUUUUGUACUACCACAGUAUAUAGGUGGUGCCCAACUGGUAU